AUGAGUGCGAUAAAAAGCUAUUUUAAACAUGAGGUGAAUUUGAGUAAACUCGGCUUAGAGUAUUCGAAACCUUCUACAUUCUAUCUUAGUGCUUGGCAAACGAAUCGCUCAGUGAUUCCGUUGCUGAUUUGGCGGUCUAUACUUUUCCUUGCGUCACUUGGCAUUGUGCUAACUUCUAUGGUUAUGUAUGGCCAAGGUGGAAAGUUAAAAUUCUGGUUUAUUUACUUGACGCACUGGGGCAUUACGCUGAAUACUUUGGCUACUGGGUUUUCAGUAGCGGUUUCCGUACGCUGCUAUCUCUACGGUCCCAUUGGUGCAGAUUUUGGUUUGCCAUGGUACGUGAAAAGUUAUUGGGUUCUGUACAACAGCGCAGUACCAAUGGCUUUCCUCAUAACAGUGUUUUACUGGACUGUUCUUUACGAAGCGGGCUUUGAGGAAGAAAUGAAUCACGGGGUGGACGUAGGUGUACAUGGUUUGAACUCGGUGGUGAUGUUUCUCCUGCUGGCCUCUUCCUCGCAUCCCUCAAGACUUUUGCACGUUUAUCAGCCCUUUAUCUUUGGAUUAACGUACGGGUUUUUUAGUGCAAUGUAUUAUCUUGCAGGUGGAUUGGAUAAGUAUGGCAACACAUACAUCUACCCAGUCAUAAACUGGGGGAAACCAGGCCCUACAUUAGGCAUGGUCGCAAUAACUGCGUUACUUCUCGUCUCGCUCCAUUUUGCUGUAGUGGGAUUGGCGGCGAUACGUGAUGGAAUUGCCUCGCGCUGUUUGCGGCGUUCAGUCGUCACACACAUUGAGGAAGGAAUGCCUCUUCGCUCACCUGCUAAAACAAUAGUGUAUCCUUGA